AUGACUGACAUUGACAAGGGUAACUUUUUGUCGUGGCACCGCUACUUUAUGUGGGCAUGGGAGCAGACUCUGCGUGAAGAGUGCGGAUACAAGGGCUAUCUUCCAUAUUACAACUGGGCGUUGUGGGCUGAUAACCCCGCCGCAUCCCCUCUCCUCGAUGGAAGCGACACAAGUAUCUCUGGAAAUGGGAUGUAUGUUCCCGGUCGUAAUGCUAGCUGUGUGCCUAACUCAAAUCGAUGCUUCGUGGAAGUUCCACCCGGCAAUGGAGGUGGUUGUGUUGCCUCAGGGCCCUUCAAAGACUGGAAGACAAACAUCGGACCGGUAUCCUCUCUCGACACCACGGUGCCGCCAAACCCAUCUCCUGACGGUCUAGGCUACAACCCUAGAUGCAUCAGACGCGACAUCAAUACACGCUCAUCAUCAGAAACCAGCGACGCUGAUGUUGCUGAACUGAUCACAGCCAGCGCCAACAUCUCCGCUUUCCAAGACACGCUCCAAAACCCUUCUCUUGGAAGACUUCGUGUUCACCUUGGUGGUCACCAGACCAUCGCUGGUGACGCGGGCUCAGACUUCUACAACUCCCCAUCCGAUCCAUACUUCUGGCAACACCACGCCCAGAUUGACCGAACUUGGUGGAUCUGGCAGAACCAAAACUUGAAAGAUAGGCGGCUUACUAUUGCCGGAACGCUUACCUUUCUGAAUGCCCCACCAACGAGGAAUGCGACGUUGGAUGAUGUUAUGACAUUCGGUGAUUAUUUGGGCUUUCCGAAUAUGACGAUCAGAGAGGCUUCCAGUACGCUUGCUGGGCCGUUUUGCUAUAUCUAUGAGUAG